AUGCCCGCUCCUGAUUGGUUGAUGCGACAAAGGUUAAAGUUGACAAUGUUUGUCAAAAGAAUGCUGUCAACAGGGAAAUAACUCAUAUUUUAAUUUUACAACGCCAUUCCAUCGUUUGGACCUCGUACUAGUGUGUCCUUUUAACCGGGUGAAAGGCAUGAGUGCCACAGUCCAACGGAUCAUUAUGCCCACAAACCCAGGGACCCCUUAUUUUCUGUGUGUGGAGUUUGCCGUGGACCUUGGUGCUGGGUUCGCGCUAACUCUUUCUGAUGGCAGCUCUGCUUGGAUUGGAGAAGUUUCAGAAGACGAGGUGACAUGCGGGGCCAAUGACACGGAGGUCCCGAGAGAGCAAUAUGUUGAGGAUCUUUUUCAAGCAUUGACAGGAGGUGGACAAGGGCGAGGACUGGUGAGGGGUGCAGGUGAUGUGGACGUCUAUUCUUUCCAGCUCACUCCAGAUUGCCGUCAACUCUCAUACCACAAAGUCUUUGAUGGCGUUCCGGUGCUCUUGGGUUCUUUGAAGCUUCAGCCUGCUCCACACCCAUUACAGUUGACCCGGGAGAUGAUAGGGCAGUCGCUCAAAUGCAAUACCAACCUGCAGAAACACAACUUGCUGCUGUUGGAGGAGAACCAUAAACUGAAAGAGGAGCAUGAGCACAUACUUCAGGAGCUUGAGAAGCAUGUUCAGGAUAAGGAGACGAUGGAAAAUGAGCUUUACUCCUAUUUUGUCUUGGUGCUAAAUGAGAAGAAGGCCAAGAUCAAAAGCCUACAAGAUUCCCUGCGACAGCUCCAAUCGACCGCCAACUUUCACAGGAAACAAAGGGAAAGUGACCCAGCUCAACGUGACGAUGAUAGAUGUGACAGAGGAGAGGAAUCUAUUGAGAGCAGUCAUCUUUCAUUGGAACCAACCAUACCCACCUCAGGACAUAGUCUGGUUAGCCAGGGUUUCUCAAUGGACCACACCAUGGCUUUUGCUGAUAAUGUACAAACAAGAUGGAAACCAAUGGAAACACUUGACUGCCAGACCCCAGGAACGUCUAAAAUGGAAUAAAAUCCCAGAAGGAUUGUGAACGAUAGGGCAGCACGGUGGAAGAGGGGUUAGUGCAUGUGCCUCACAAUACGAAGGUCCUGAGUAGUCCUGAGUUCAAUCCUGGGCUUGGGAUCUUUCUGUGAGGAGUUUGCAUGUUCUCACCGUGAAUGCGUGGGUUCCCUCCGGGUACUCCGGCCUCCUCCCACCUCCAAGGACAUGCACCUGGAGAUAGGUUGAUUGGCAACACUAAAUUGACCCUAGUGUGUGAAUGUGAGUGUGAAUGUUGUCUGUCUAUCUGUGUUGGCCCUGUGAUGAGGUGGUGCUUGUCCAUGGUGUACCCCGCCUUCCGCCCGAAUGCAGCUGAGAUAGGCUGCAGCACCCCCGCGACCCCGAAAGGGACAAGUGGUAGAAAAUUGAUGGAUGUGGAUGAUAGGCAAAAUAAAAAUAAAAAAGUGCAGUUCCCCUUUAAGUGACCAAUAUACUUAAUAUACUUUACCCAUUUUAAUGAAUUGAAAUCAAUUCGGGCCACCAAAAUACACCACAGUUUGAACAUGUAAGAUACUUUUAAAUUGGAAAAACAAACGUCGAGAUCAAGAAUAUUGUAUAAAAAAAUAACAAUACAAUUAUGACCCAAGAAACUAGUUUUCCUUGGAGAACAGACUCCUCUGGUUUCUCCUUCGAGCUGCUUUAUCUUCAAACACACAAUCAGCAGCUUUUCCAUAUUUUCAUAGAUACCAACCCCGUAAUAAAUUAAAUGAGGAGUAAAAACACGAGCUUAAUGUUAUAUUGAAUAAUGUUUUCCUGUAUGUUUUUCUUAUUGCACUGAAUGUAUUUCAUUAUAUGAAUGAUGGUAUAAUUACUGUGCCGUUACAGUGUCAUCAUUGUGGACAAAAUAUUUCAAGUUACUCUGCAAUUCCCACUCCUACUCAUUGACUCACUUGGAUUCCUUUUUCUUCCCGUAAAGUAGUCGUAAGAUGGUUAUGUUUGUGAUGAUUAAUGACAACAGUUUACAGAUGUUGAUAAGACAUUUAUUUACAGAGACCAUCUGUGUACUUCACUGGUAAAACACUCUUCCAGAAUGAAUGCCUCAAUUUUAUAUCUACAGUCGUUUUUUUUUUUUUUAUGAUGGCAUCACCGUGUAAAAUCAUUAGCUGUUUCCAGCCCGUAAGCUUGAUCACUACAAUCGACAAGUGGUUUCUCUUUGAGACGCUGUUGUCAACGGAUUCACCUCAUUAUUUAAAUUAUACCAAAUGUUCUGCAGGCUUUGAGAGGAUGCUAUUGUAAGUGACUACAGUAAGUGUGGUAAUGACUACCUUCUGCUGAUGAUGGGAUGUUUUUACCUGUUUUCUCUUUCGGUAAAACAAAGUUACUUUUCCUUUAACAGGAACUUUAACAAAACACUCUGUGUGUGUGUGUAUAUGUAUAAAUCCAUCCAUUUUCUACCGCUUGUCCCGUUCGGGGUCGCGGCAGGUACUGGAGCCUAUCUCAGCUGCAUCCGAUACAGCUGGAUUGAUUAUACAAACAUGCCCAUUAAAA